GAAGCCGGAAAAACUUCCUGCCUCGGCUGCAAAGCUUGGUCGGCCGUCGGGACUGGGUUUAACCUGCGUGUACAGGUUGACUUGGACGGUGAGCGACUGUGCGUCGCAGCGAAUGGCUAGGGACCUCAUCGGGCCGGCACUGCCGCCAGGCUUCAAGGUGCACGCGACAGCUGAGGACGAGGAGAGGGACCAGAGCCCGGUUGCAGGGCCAGCGCUGCCCCCUAACUACAGAAGCAGCAGCUCAGACUCCUCAGACAGCGACGAGGACAGCAGUUCUUUGUCUGAAGAGGGAAAUCAAGAGUCUGAAGAAGAUGACAGUGGUCCAACUGCCAGAAAACAGAGGCGAAAUCAAGAUAGAGAUGACGACGACGAUGGAUUUUUUGGACCAGCCCUUCCUCCUGGGUUUAAGAGGCAGGACGACUCUCCUCCAAGGCCUAUCAUAGGUCCUGCCUUGCCUCCUGGUUUCAUUAAGUCUUCACAGAAAAGUGACAAAGGCAGAGAAGAUCCAGCACAAGUGUCACCAUCCUUCAACUCAGAGGAAGCAGAGAGCAGUGAGGACGAGGAUAUUGUUGGACCAAUGCCUGCAAAAGGACCAGUUAACUAUAGCGUGACAACAGAGUUUGAAAAAAGGGCCCAGAGGAUGAAGGAAAAAUUGACCAAAGGAGAUGAUGACUCCUCGAAACCAGUCACAAGAGAAUCGUGGAUGACUGAACUUCCUCCAGAAAUGAAAGACUUUGGUCUGGGGCCAAGAACCUUUAAGAGAAGACCUGAUGACAGAUCCGGAGACCGAUCGGUCUGGACAGACACCCCAGCUGACCGGGAAAGGAAAGCUAAGGAAACACAAGAAGCAAGGAAGUCAUUCAGUAAGAAAGAUGAAGAAAAUAUUUUGUCAGGAAGGGAUAAGAGACUGGCUGAGCAAGUGUCUUCAUACAACGAAUCAAAGAGAUCAGAAUCCCUCAUGGACAUCCAUCAUAAGAAGUUAAAGAAUAAGGCUGCCGAGGAUAAAAGCAAGCACCAAGAGAGGAUACCAUUUGACCGUGAUAAAGAUCUCAAGGUCAAUCGGUUUGAUGAGGCUCAGAAAAAAGCCCUGAUAAAGAAAUCCAGAGAACUAAAUACCCGGUUUUCACAUGGCAAAGGCAACAUGUUUUUAUAGUAAGUGUACUUCAGUGAGGUGCACUCAUGCUGACUGAUCUGACCCCCUCGGAAUAUCCUUUCUCUGCAGUAAUUAUGUGCACAAACACUUCCUUUUGUAAUAAAGGGUCCAUGAUUUUAUAAA